CCCUCAAGGGGGGGGCGAAAGCAUUAUAAAAAAUAGCUGAAGUUGAACAUGGUUUUGAGGAUUUUGUUCCUCCCAAUAUGUAAAUACUUGAAAAGAAUGAGCAGUGACAUUUUCAAACUUUCAUUUCAUCAGAUUCUGAAUGUAGGAUAUUUAAUAAUAUGUACAUUACUUGUCAAUGUCUUUUUGGCUAAAUUCACUAAUGUUUAGUUAAUGUAUCACACGUCCCGCAGAUAUGGUCUUCAGCACAGGCUUAACAUUACUGUACUAGAGACAACACAUCUUGUGUGUUCAUCAGUGACAGUACCCAGUUAUGGCGCAUACCUAGCUGGCUGGCGUAUUGUGCUGUUCAUUGUACCCCAGGAAGACCUCUUUUACAAAAUUAAAUUAUGAUGUUUGUCUUUGGAUACCCCUUCUAUUUUCAGAUGCUGUGUGCAGAGGAGAGGAACAAAUCUCAUAGUUUUAAAACAGCAUUAUGAAAGUUGUGCUAAAGUUGAUAUCGGUAAGGCAGAAAUAUAAAAGAAAAAUUGAGGAUUUUAAAAAAAAUUCUAAUACAGGUAAAUGUGAAGAUUACCUAAAUGAUCUUGUGACUAGUUUGGUCAUGACGGUUGCGGCCAAAAUAAUUGACUUAAAGAUCUCUCAAAAUACAUUUGUAUAUCAUGUAGUUGGCAUUCUCCAAAAACACGCGAGUGGCAGGGCCCAAACUUUACUGUCAUUUUCUCACAAAUUCUCUAUGGUUUUUCACUUUCUUCUUCAAAACCCUCAUAUAUCGUCACAGCUGUUACUUUCUGGUAUAAGUUGGUUUGUUGGGUACAAAAGAGUUUAUUAAAAUAUUGUGUUUGUCUAGAGCAAACAAGGUGAAAAGAAAUCUGCCCAUUCAGAGUUUAGUUGAAGCUUGCAGAUCCUGCAUUUACCAAUCGCAUUCAUGUUACAACCAAGAGUAACUAAUUUCCUUUUGAAAUCGGUCAAUUUUUGGAAGCAUAUUUUUUUACUUUGAAACCUUUCUGGCAUACUAUGCAUUCAUCUGUUACUUGUUAAGAAGGUACUUUGGAACAUUCUGAAGAAAUUAUUCCAUGUAAUUGGUGUUUGAAUGGUUCACCUCCUCCAUAGCUUCGUGGAUGCUGUACUUUGCCUGUGUGCUAUCCAGUUCCAUGAUGCAAUGAGAAUGUAAAAAAAUGUCACGAAGCCAGUUUGCGGGGAUUUAGCAUUUUGCAGCACAAAUAAAUUGGGUUUUAUAAAUGUAUCUUUGCUUGAUGAUUUCAAGAUCUAUUCCCAUACAAGCAUGCUGUAUUUGUUGGUCCAGUACGAAUAUUGCAUUUUGGGUCCAUAUACGCUGACCAGAAUAGGCUAUAUUUAAUUCUUAAUUUGCAAAAACUUUCAAGGGUUUAAGUGAUGAAAUUUUCUUUAACGCACUUGUUUGCAAGCCCGUACUUGUCUUUAAUGUAAGAAAAUUGUUUGACUUGUAUUUAAAAGUUCUUGUUUUAAAUAUUUGAAAUUGUUCAUACUUUUACACACAGCUGAGAGGGCUCUUAAUUUUGGUGUCAUUCAAGAAAAACACUGCUCAGUUAUGCAUUUUUCUUGCUGUUAUAAACCCAAAAUUUGUCAAGUGAAAACAUUUCAGAGAAAGCUAGGGCAGUGCUUGUUGAUUUUGCCGUUAUGUAUGAUAUGUAUUUGCACAACUUUAACAGAAGGAAAGUUAUGACUGCAAAAUAUUAAACUAUCCCAGCAAUUUUUUUAAGUAUAAAUCAGUGUAACAUUGAAAACAGUUUUGCUCGUAAAUAUGGACAGUCUUAUUUAUAAAAUACCCUUUUUAAGUAGUGAAAUAAAUUGAAAACCAGGUUGAGACACAGAGUUCCAUUUUCAACAGUUGUCUGAAAAAGUCGUAUUAUUACCCUUUAAAAAACGAGUUCCAACGUACGUGUACUGCCAUACACAUGUAUAUAAAGCGGAUAGGUAGCAUCUUUGUUGGGCAUACAUCUGGCGAGAUUCUGUACUUGAACUUGGUUAGAUUACUACGUGUAGUAGACAUAGGAGACAGGUGUUAUGCUUGACUGAAGUUUCUUGUAUACUCCAAUUUCUGGCGUUUACUUCUAGAAAGUCAGAACAGGCGCCUUAGACGUACACCCUCUAGAUUUGCCACCCCCAAAGUUUACCGUGAUAUGCCAUGCCACAUGCAUACCACGUAGGCUGUCUGACUGCCGUAGCAAGCAAUAUGUCGUCUGCCGUUGAAAAAUCACUUUUUGGGAACAUUAAAUUAAGAACAGUCGAGAUGCACACAGCAGGCGAGCCUUUCCGAAUCGUAGUAUCGGGCUACCCUAAAUUUGAGGGGGAAACUAUCCUAGAAAAGCGCCGCUUUGCAAGGGAAAAGCUUGACCACCUGCGCAAAUUGUUGAUGUUCGAGCCACGCGGUCACCACGAUAUGUACGGCGCUAUCCUGGUGGAACCAGACCUCCCGGGAGCUGAUCUAGCAGUCCUGUUUACCCACAACGAGGGCUACAGCACAAUGUGCGGCCACGGAGUCAUUGCCCUGGGAAGAUUUGCCGUGGAUCAUGGCUUCGUUAAGCCCCAGCAGCCAGAGACUGAAGUAGCUGUGCAGUGUCCUUGUGGUUUGGUCAGGGCAUUCGUGGAGUACAACGAGGAAAGGAAGAAGACCGGUCAAGUGAGGUUCAACAGUGUGCCAGCAUUUGUGUUUGCACUAGAUACUGAAGUUCAAGUUGAGGGGUACGGCAGUCUCAAAGUGGACAUUGCUUAUGGUGGUGCCUUCUAUGCCCUCAUCUCAGCCCAUGAGUUUGGACUUGACGUGAGGAGGAGCUGUGUCAAGGAUAUUGUGAAUGCUGCAACUGCUGUCGCCAGUGCCAUCAAGGCCAAGGUUCAGAUAAAGCAUCCCGACAGCGAGGGAUCUGAUCUUGAUUUCUUGUAUGGUGUCAUUGUGACCGAUGGGCAGGAUGCCUGGAGUGACCAGCCAACUGCGAACAUCUGUGUCUUCGCUGAUGCAGCGGUUGACCGGAGCCCCACAGGAUCUGGUGUAACAGCUCGUGUCGCUCUGCAGCAUGCCAAGGGCCAGAUAGCCCUUCAGCAGACCCGCAGCUUUGAAAGUGGCCUGUGCGGUACAGUAUUCACCGGUAAAGCCAUCAAGAUGACCAAGUGCGGCUCUGUAGAUGCGGUGAUAGUGGAAGUCUCAGGUAGAGCUCACUACACCGGAGAGGCAACCUAUACCAUCGACGAGGAUGACCCAGUUGGAAGUGGGUUUUUGCUCAGGUAUGAAUGAAGGGCACAGAAGAUGGACAUGCAAGAUGAAAGGCAAGGAAAUUGAGGGCUUUCAAGAUGAAGGGGCACACAAAAAUGAAAGGUAUGUAAGGAUUGACAGAAGAUGGGCUUGCAAGAUGAUGUGCACCCAAGAUUAAGAGCAUGCAGAAUUAAAAAAAUCAUAAAUUAAUGGCAUGAAAGAUGAAAUAAAUGGGACAGAAGAUGAAAAACAUACACGAUGAAGGGAUCAUAAGAUGAAAGACUGCAAGAAGGGCUUACAAGAUAAAGGAUUGCAAGAAGUGCGCGCGCAAGACAAAAGGCUCGCAAGAUGAAGACUUGCAACAUGAAGGGGAAGCAACCCAAAGACCACGGAAGACAAAAGGCGUGCCAGAGGAAGGGUUUGUAAGAUGAAGGGCACAGGAGAUGAAGGCCAUGUGAUGAGAUGAAGGACACUCAAAAUGAAGGGCUUGCAAGAUGAAGGGUAUGCAUAAAGUAGGUCAUUAGCCUAAAGGGCAUGCAUGAUUAAUGUACGCAAGUUGAAGGCUACCCAAGAAGAUGAACGCAAAAGUAGUUGAGCAUGAAAGGCGAAAGGCUUAAAGAUGAAGCAUACCCAAGAUAAUGAGCGUCAAGAUUGAGAGCAGGCAAGAUGAACAUUAAUGAAGGGCAUGGAAAAUUAUUGGCACAGAAGAUGAAAAGCAUGCAAAAUAAAAGGCUCAAAAGAUGAAGGAUUGAAGAGGAAGGGUUCGCAAGAUGAACAGCAUCCAAGAUUAUGCAUGAUUGAGGGCACGCCAGAGAAGAACAUGAAGAUAAGUGCAUGUAGUUAUAAAUGGUUCAUAAAUUAAAGAACAUGAAAUACAAAGAGGGACUCACCAGACAAAGGACUGCAAGAAGUGUCCAAGUGCAACAAG